AGCCUCCCCAAAUUCACUACGGAGAUGAGAGCACAGUGGCCGCCAUUUCUCUUCUCUAUCCAUUCACAGACUCCGACGAAGACCAUUUCAUCUUGAUCAUAUCCUCGCAGAUGCUUCUGCUCGACCUCUUCUGCAAUCCAUCAUCGUAAAGGCGGCGUCUUCUCCCACCGGAAUCCUAAAGAUGGCAGCUUUGGGUCCCAGUUCCUGCCUCCUGUACCGAGAGCUCUGCUACCGGGAGCAGGGGAUCCACCCGUUCAACGGUGGAGGGUGCUCUUUGGUGUCGGUCGGCGGCGGAGGCCUCUAUUCCUGGCAACCGGGGGGUAGUAGGAAGAGGAUGUGGGGAGGGGAGGUAAAGAUGCGAGGUUUUUGGCAGAACGUGUCGAGGCCGACGUCCAUCGAGAUGGAAGCCAUCAACGGGAUGGAGGAUCUCGAUCGGAUACUUGCCCUUUCCAAGGAGCUUUCUCAAGCGAUAGUCAUCGACUGGAUGGCAGCUUGGUGUCGGAAAUGCAUUUAUCUGAAGCCCAAGCUUGAAAAGCUUGCUGCAGAAUACCAUCCAAGGGUUAAGUUCUAUUUUGUGGAUGUUAACAAGGUUCCUCAAGCAUUGGUUAAGCGUGGUAACAUCUCGAAAAUGCCGACUAUUCAGCUAUGGAAGGAUGGAGAAUGGAAAGCUGAGGUAAUUGGGGGACACAAAGCAUGGCUUGUCAUGGAUGAGGUCCGGGAAAUGAUCCAAAAACAUUUGUGAUGUCUAGUAGCUCUUCUCAGCCUCUUUGUUACAUAUAUACAUAUGUAUGACCAGAACUCUCUUGUACUCUCUCUCACUCAUGAUGUUGAUAAGUGUGUCUAUCUUAUAUCAAAAGUAACUUUUGAGUACUCUAUUUCAAGUCA